UGUCGAAACUAUCACAAACUAUCCAACCAUCGUUCAGUCAACAACUGGAGUUCGGAAAAACAAAAUGGUGUCCAGUAAAGUUGUGUGUUUAUUUGCCCUCGCCCUGUUCGGGAGCGCGGUGGCGCAGCCCGCCAAGGAUGCCUUCUGGAAAGGCACUCCUAUGGACAGCAUGGUAGAGGAGAUGAGGUCUGGCUGCGCUGAAGGUUCCGACCCAACCGCUUGUAUAAAGUACAAGGUCAUGUCUUUAUUGGACACCAUCUUCAAGAAGGAUUCUUUCCAGAUCUCCGAAGCCGUUGAAGUUACGAAAAACGGCGCCGCCAACGACGUGACCGGCCGCUCCAACGGCGACUUCUUCGACACCAUCGAGAGCUACAUCCAAUCCCACGACGUCACCUUCCAGCUGCCCAUCGCCGACACUAAGAUCACCGUAAGCCCCAGAAACCUUGACAAUGAUGAGCUGACCUUGAACGUCAAGUUCAACAAGGAGGGAGCCCGCGCCGUCGGCGAGGCCCGCAAGGCUAAGCUCAAGAAGAUCAUCGUGCCCAUUCUGGUAUUCGUACUCCUCAAGGCCAUGACCCUCAUCCCCUUGGCUAUUGGUGUCCUCGGAUUGAAGGCCUGGAACGCGCUGCAGCUGUCCUUCUUCUCUUUCGUCGUGUCCGUUGCCCUGGCUAUCUUCCAGCUCUGCAAGAAGUUUACCCAGAUUGCGGCCGACAACUCGCACCCCCAGAUCGCCGCCCACGGACCCUGGGACGCCGCUUACGCCGCCACCCGCCGUAGGAGAGACGCCGAGCCCCAAGAACUCGCCCAAGAGUUGGCUUACAACGCUUACCACUAAGAAUAUUAAUAUCGAAUACCUCAAACCAACGACCCUUUACUCGAAACCGUUUGGCUAACCGCUGAUUGAAAUUCAAAUUUGAAAUUCGAACUCCAGUUGCAAACGGACAUAGACAAAGCAGACCAAAUAAAACGGUUUCUUCGAAAAACCGUCUCUCGUGUAAAUACUAUGUAAUACAAUUUAUUUAUUGAAAUAAAAUGUGCAUGGACGACUGUGUGAUUGUGAUGUGUGACUGAUGUUAUUUAUUUCUUAUUUUUAAUAAAAUCAUUGAAUAAA